CACAAGUGUAUGACACUAAUAUUGUUUUUCAAUUACACCCAAUUUGUUCUAGUUGACUCGGAGUUAAAACCGGGCCUAGUACAGUUGUACUGACCUCACAAGAAUUCAAAAAGAUCCUAAUUCAAUUAAAAAAUGAUAGAUCCAAAAAAUAAAUAAAAAAUUACAACUGCAUCCCAUUUAUUUCAGACCCUAUGGAUCUCUCAUUUCUCACUAACACUUCUACACAUAUCCAGCCACAAGCUAUAAUUCUUUCAAAGGGGAAGAAAGAGAGAUAUGGAUGGUGAAAUUGAGAGAUUCAUUAAGGUAUGGAUUACAUCCACAACAUGUCUAUGUUAUUGUUAUUACAUAUCAUCCAAAAUCCCAAAAGGCUUCCUAAGGCUUCUCUCUAUCCUCCCAAUUCUCUACCUCUUCCUCAUCCUUCCUUUAAACCUCUCUUCCUUUCACCUUGGUGCCCCCACAACCUUCUUCCUUGUUUGGCUUUCCACUUUCAAACUCAUCCUUUUCUCCUUCAACCAACCCCCACUUUUCCCUCUCCCAAACAACAUCUUCCAUUUCAUUUCCAUUGCCUCCCUUCCAAUUUACCCCCAACCACCAAAUCAAAAUCAAAACACCAAAAAAUACAAAAAACCAAAUUUACCCUUUACUUGUCUGAAAGUUGUUAUAUUGGCCACAAUCAUAUGUUGCUAUCAUUAUAGAGAACACAUACACCCUAAUCUCAUUUUGAUCCUCUAUUGCUGCCACAUGUACCUCGGCUUAGAACUCGUGUUAGCACUUAGUGCAGCACCGGUUCGAACCGUUUUCGGUUUUGAAAUCGAACCGCAAUUCAACGAACCGUACUUAAGCACUUCGCUUCAAGACUUUUGGGGUCGUAGGUGGAACCUCAUGGUAACCCGUGUUCUACGCCCUGCCGUAUACAAUCCUGUUCGCCACGUCAGCAACUUUUUUGUGGGUCCCAUGUUUGCCGCUUCCGUUGCCACGUUGGCAACGUUCGUUGUGUCUGGUUUAAUGCACGAGGUUAUUUAUUAUUACCUUGCACGUGUGCCUCCCACGUGGGAAGUCACGUGGUUUUUUGUGCUUCACGGUGUUUGUACUUCCGUUGAGGUUGUUGUUAAGAAGGUUGUUCUCCGGCGUGGGUGGAAGUUACACCGUGCCGUGUCGGGUUUGUUUACGGUGGCGUUUUUGGCUGUUACUGGGAAUUGGUUGUUUUUUCCUCAGUUGGUGAGAAAUGGUGUUGAUAAGAAGGCUAUUCAAGAGUAUACAAUUAUGGUUGAUUUUGUCAAAGAUAAGUUACAAUUAUUGUUUAGAUAAUUAAUUUUGUAGUGAACAUUAGUUAUUUUAAACUUACAGUAACACAGUUUUAAUGUUAAACUCCCUCGCUCGCUAAUUUUAAACAUCAGGGAAAAAAUUGUUCAUAAUAA